CCUACUGCCACUUUGAGGCACUAACCAGCACAGAUUGCACAUAUGCUUGUGUUCUGUGUAGCUACUGGCCUUCUGUUGUGGUGAUGGACCUGCAUAAAAAGGCUGUUUUUAAUUUGGCUGUCAGUGAUCUCAAAGAUCCACCUGUCAGCUAUACUGGUGAGCAAAGCAUUGUGGAUUUCUGGGAUGCUAUCAAUUUAGAGAUGAUUUCUUCUGGCUUUGUUCCCAGUCAGGCACAGAACCCUUGUGCUGUUAAACCAAAUUAUGAAUUCUGGGCACCUUGGAUAGGGCCAAUGACCAGGAAAAGUGACAAAGUACUCAACACAGAACAUGAGAAAAUGUCAGGUGUCAAGUCAUCUACUGAAGUGGCACUUACACUUGUAUCUGAAGAUCGGCUGGUUGAUGAAUUGAUGAAACAAAAAGUGAGCACUGUCCGAAAAUUGUGCAAGGCCUGUAACGUUUGUUUCAAAGGGUCCCAUACUGACCUUGUUAUCAGACUAAGGGAGGAGAUGAAAACGAGACAGACAUAUGACAAAGUAUUUCAGAAGAUCUGGGGCGCUUCUGGUGGAUGGUCAGUCAUUGUGUGUCCACAUGGAAUUGUGUACAGCUUAAAAUUCAACCUUAGAGCAGAGAGUCCAAGGGACUUUGCAGAUUUGCUUCUUUCCUGGAAGCACUUUCCAAAUGUGUGUGUAUAUGAUUUUGCCCGUGGGCUAGCUACACAUACUAACUUGAGGUUACCAGCCAUCUUGCCUUUUCAUCCAUUUGAAGGAAGAGUGGCACAGCCUACUGUGGAGAACAUUCAGUCAGCUGAGAUGAAAAAACUUCAGGCUUGUCUAUACAUUGCUGUUGAUGCCCCUUUUGACUACACAGUUUCUGAAGAGGAGUCCAUGACAACCCAGGAGGAAACUUUAUCUCUCCCACACUCUGAAGAGCCAAAAGUAAUGACAGACCUGAAAACUGCAAGAAAAUGGUACCAAGAUCACCAUGAACUCUUUGAGUCUCCUGUGGUCCUUCCCAGAAUCCUCAGAAUGGAGGAUGGUGAUGUGAUUAGAUCACUGGAGAAACUUAAAAAUACUGAAUAUUACACUGAAGAAGAGAGAGAUACCAUCGUGUAUCCCUUUUUAUUUCAGUUUUCAAAUGUUCAAGACAUGCAUUUGUUUUUAGAAAACACAGCCGACAAGGGCUUAAUCGUGUUUUGUUGUUUAGUGUAGUAGGUUCACUGUACAGUACAUUGUUAUUGUCACAACCGAUCGUUCAGACCUCAUGUGGACCACGCCCACCUCAUUUACCUCAUCUGAAUCCCGCUUGUUACCAGCUUUCCUGUUUGAUCUUGUUUGUCUUGUGUAUUUGUUUGUUUUCUAGUUCAUUCCCCAGAUCUGUCAUUGUUGCUACGUGCCUUGUUCCCUGUUAUUCCCUUUUUACCCUGAUUAAACCCUGUUUAUUGGCA